UAUAAUUUAAGCUGGCGGAAAAUGAAAGUCCAAAAUUGAUUCCAAACGGCAGAGAGGAUGACGCAAAAGGAACAGAGCUCGUGCUACCAAAAACCAACAAACCCCCCGCGAGAAGAAAAAGAAAAAUAAAAAAAAAAAACCCCAGAAUAUUAAAGAAACCCAUUUUUAUUUUGUAUCGUUUUUACAAAGUACAUCUCUCUGGAUAGUCGUUUCUUUCAUAAUAAUCAUCCCUUCUGUGAAUUCUGAUCCUAAUCCUCUACUUCUUCUGGGUUGCUCAGGAAGUUUCGAAUUCGAGGACAAGAGACUUGACUGAAAGGGUAGGAGACAUGGCUAAUAAUGCUGCAGCCGCUGCUGAGAGGGCAACUAGUGAUAUGCUGAUUGGUCCUGACUGGGCAGUAAACAUCGAAUUAUGCGAUAUUAUUAACAUGGACCCUGGGCAAGCAAAAGAUGCCUUGAAGACACUCAAGAAACGACUUGCCAGUAAAAAUCCGAAGAUACAGCUUCUGGCUCUUUUCGCUUUGGAGACUGUCAGCAAAAACUGUGGUGAGAACGUUUUUCAGCUUAUUAUUGAGCGUGACAUCUUACAUGAAAUGGUUAAAAUAGUAAAGAAGAAGGUACCAGACUUGAAUGUGAGAGAAAAGAUCCUAAUCCUAAUAGAUACAUGGCAAGAAGCUUUCGGGGGACCUACGGGGAGAUAUCCCCAGUACCAUGCAGCUUAUAAUGAGCUAAGGGCUGCAGGAGUUGAAUUUCCACCUCGAGAAGAGAACAGUGUGCCAUUCUUUACUCCACCUCAGACCCAGCCAAUCAUUCCCCCUGAUACAGAAUACAACGAUGCUGCUAUUCAGGCCUCUCUACAAUCCGUUGCUUCUGGUCUCAGCUUGUCAGAGAUUAAAAAUUCUCAAGGACUAGCAGAUGUCUUGACGGAUAUGCUUGGUGCAUUGGAUCCUAAGAAUUCUGAGGGUGUGAAGGAUGAAGUGAUUGUUGACCUUGUUGAUCAAUGCCGUUCUUACCAAAAACGUGUCAUGCUUCUUGUGAAUAACACCGAAGAUGAGGAACUUCUGUUUCAAGGAUUGGCGCUGAAUGAUAGUUUGCAACGCGUGCUUGCUCGGCAUGAUGAAAUUGCAAAAGGAUCUCCUACUACAAGCACACAAGGAACAGCAUCUUCAGUAGUUCUGAACGUCAACCAUGAGGAUGAUGAACCAGAAGAUGAAUUUGCCCAGCUAGCCCACAGGUCAUCAAGAGAUAACUUGCAUGGACAUGGACAGAAACCAGCCAACUCAAGGACCGAACCAGUGCGGGCAAGUCCACUAAUUCCUCCUCCGCCCUCAUCCAAAAGACCAGUAGCCACGGAUGCUGGCUUGGUUGAUUAUCUGAGCGGCGAUAACUACAAGUCUGGAUUCGACGAAACAUCAGAACAUACAUCUUAUGUGACUCCACCAGUUCAUUCUACUGGAAAUACCUCAUCACUGAGUCCCACAUUGUCAUCCUCUCCACCCUCCAACACCGUAAAUUCCACCUCAUUGCCAUUGUACACCGGAAAGCCAGUCUAUGACGAGCCAGCUCCCACCAGCAGAUCUGCAGAACAUCUGCCUCCGGCUCCUUGGGAAUCUCAGUCUUCUGGCUCUCUUCCACCCCCACCUUCCAGGUACAACCAGAGACAGCAGUUUUUUGAGCAACAUACUGAGCAUUCGAGCAGCGGAUCGAGCUCCUCUUACGACAGUCUAGUGGGUCAGACUCGGAAUCUGUCACUAAACUCCUCUGCUCCAACAAAGCAAGACAAACCGGAAGAUGUGCUCUUUAAAGAUCUAGUUGAUUUUGCGAAAGCUAAGUCGUCUUCCUCUUCAUCAUCUAAACCCAACAGGUCAUUUUGAGUGGUUGAUUAUUGGUUUCCAAACUGCCACAGCUUGUGAACAUAAAUACAUCGGAGUUUUACAUGAUAUCAUUACCUUCUGUGAAAUAAUUUGUUGCUAUAGGAAUCUUUUGUUUCGGGUUUGGGUUCGUGCGUGGUGUUUUAGUAGCUGGUUUAUUUUGAGAUGACCUGCUUAUUGCACAUAAAUUUGAAUGUAUUGAUGUUCCUUAUUGGAUUUCAUUUUCAAUUCUCAGUUCUUUUUUCGUGUUA